CAGCCUCCGACGAAGAGGCAAAAACUUAUAUUACUUUAAAACGAAAACUUUCACCACAAAAACCAUCUUUUACAACAAAUCCAUAUCCCGUUGAUGUUAACGAAGCACAUAAACAAAGUGCGAUUGCAAGAUCUUCUGCUGAAUUUGAUUCAAACGGAUUAGGUAGUCCACCGAAAAAACGCUUGUUUGUAACAGUUGAUGCAGAUGGUAACCAAGUGCAAGUAGAAGUCCCCCACAAUGCUUUGCCUGAGGGUGUAAAUCCAGAUGACACUAAUUCUUAUAUAGUAAAUGCUGAAGAUAUAAAUCUUGAUUUGUCUUCAUAUUCAUACUCUGUUGUAGUGGAUGGUAUUGUUGAGGAUGUUGAUUUGAAUGAUUGCCAAUAUUCUGAUGAACCAGUGAAAGGAAGUCUGAAACCUGAUGAGUUAGAUGAAGGUGAAAGUGAAAGCGGAGAUGAGCAUGAUGACGUUGAAGAUAAAUGCCAAGGAUACAUGAUUUCUGAACCUGAUGAUGCAGAUCCUAUGUUCAAGUCACACUAUAGGAUGAGUCGUAUUGUUGCAUCUGUGAGUUCUCACAAUCACAAUAAGAAAUAAACAUUAUUUUAAAAUUGGUAAAAUCAAGAACAUAAUUAUGAUUCUCUUUAAUAAGUGUUGUUUGCCAUAUCACCUUUAGUGAUUUGGGAAAUAAAAUCUUUAUUUGUUUGUUGUUUUUUUCAAGACUUAAGAGUUUGCUGUAGCAGCCAGAUGAUGAUAAGAUGACCAAUAGUUAUUGUUUUAAAAUUUUCUCAAUUCUUUCAUGAUUAUUUAUAAAUCUAUUAAAUUUUUCAGGAAUUGAUGGAUAAAAUUGGCGCUCAUCCUAAAAUGAAUGGAAGAGUGCAAACUCUGGAACAAAAAGUUCUAGCUUCUCUGUUUCUCCUUGGCAAUAAGACCAGCUACAUCGUUGCCUCGGACAAAUUUCAUAUGUCCAAGGGAUCGCUGUAUUUGACUCUUAAAAAUUUUUGUCAGGUAGGUUUUUUUACAUUUUAUUUUAGAAGUCAUAAGGAUUUUUUAAAAAAAUUAAAUAACAUAAUUUUUUAGACUGUGUUGAUUAGAGUCUUUUUGCUGUAUAUUUGAAUUAAAAAUAUUAAAAAAUUGAUAUACACAUAUAUUAAUGGGAAACUAAUUUUUUUGUAGGUUCUUACAGAGAUGCGAAGUGAUUACAUCAAAUGGCCCAUAGACCAAAUAGGGCUUAGGAAAAUCGCUCAAGAGUUUGAACAAGAGACAGGGAUGCCUGGAGUAGUUGGAGCUAUUGAUGGAAUACACUUUCCCAUCAAACAAAAGUCACGAUUGGCUCAUGCUUAUCGCAAUAAUCAGAAUUAUCUUAGUAUUCAUAUGCAAGCAGUCUGUGAUGCAAAUCUUAUGUUUCUAGAUGUCCAUUGUGGCAACCCGGGUUCAGUUGAUGAUGAAACUGUUUACAGAUCAUGUGACCUUAGAGAUAAACUUCUGCAUGACCCUUUACCCGCUGACCUGCACCUUGUGGGAGAUUCAGGCUAUCCACUGGAACCUUUUAUGUUAACCCCAUAUCCUGGUGAUAUCCGACGGCUUACUCCAUCUCAGAGAGAGUUUAAUGAGCGACAUAAUAAUGCCUUGCUUGCUGUGAAACUCUCACUGCAACUACUUCAGGGUAGAUUUCAACGCCUUAAAUUCUUAGACAUGGAAAGAGAGUCUGAUAUCCCAGUCACCAUUGUGGCCUGCUGUGUUCUCCAUUGCUUCCUUCUCCAAGAGGAAUGUGAGGAUGAUGAUGAAUUUUUGGAUUUUACAGACAUUGAUCCUAAUCCAGAUAUAAAUAAAUCAGAGAAAGAGCUCAGGGCACUUUGUAACCACUAUCAGCCAGAGGCAGCCAGUAAAAGAGAUGUUUUGGCCAACUUGAUAACACCUGUGUAAUUUUAGACACAAUCUAUUUAUACUUAAAACAUUUUCCACCACAAAAAAUGUAUUCAAAUAUUAGAAAGUUAUGUACAUAGAUACUGC